AUGGCCGCGGCCACCUCUAACCCCUACCUCCCCGGCAACGGCAUCCUGGCGGCCGGCUCCAUCGUCCACGCGGACUCGGGCGGCGGCGGCGGCGGCGGCGGCGGCGGCAUGCAGCCGGGGAGCGUGGCCGUCACCUCGGUGGCGGGCGGCUACCGCGGCGACCCGGCGGCCAAGAUGGUCCAGAGCGACUUCAUGCCGGGCGCCAUGGCCGCCAGCAACGGCGGCCAUAUGCUGAGCCAUGCCCACCAGUGGGUGACAGCCCUGCCCCACGCCGCCGCCGCCGCCGCCGCCGCCGCCGCCGCUGCCGCCGAAGCGGGCUCGCCCUGGUCCGGCAGCCCCGUGGGCAUGACGGGCAGCCCCCAGCAGCCGCCGCCGCCGCCCGACGUCAAGGGCAGCGGCGGACGCGACGACCUGCACUCGGGCGCGGCGCUGCACCACCGGCCGCCCCACCUGGGCCCCCCGCACCAGGGGCACCCCGGCGGCUGGGGGGCGGCGGCGGCCGCCCACCUACCCUCUAUGGCCGGCGGGCAGCAGCAGCAGCAGUCGCUCCUCUACUCGCAGCCCGGGGGUUUCACGGUGAACGGCAUGUUGAGCCCCCCCCCCGGCGGUCAGAGCCUGGUGCACCCGGGGCUCGUGCGCGGCGAGACGCCGGAGCUGGGCGAGCACCCCGGGCAUCACCACCACCACCACCACCAGCACCCCGGGCACCACCCGCCGCACCACGGCGGCGUCAACAGCCACGACCCGCACUCGGACGAGGACACGCCGACCUCCGACGACCUGGAGCAGUUCGCCAAGCAGUUCAAGCAGCGGCGGAUUAAGCUGGGCUUCACCCAGGCCGACGUGGGGCUGGCGCUGGGCACCCUGUACGGCAACGUCUUCUCGCAGACCACCAUCUGCCGCUUCGAGGCCCUGCAGCUCAGCUUCAAGAACAUGUGCAAGCUGAAGCCUUUGUUGAACAAGUGGCUGGAGGAAGCCGACUCUUCCACGGGCAGUCCCACCAGCAUCGACAAGAUCGCCGCCCAGGGCAGGAAGAGGAAGAAGCGGACCUCCAUCGAGGUGAGUGUCAAGGGGGCCUUGGAGAGCCACUUUCUGAAAUGCCCCAAGCCCUCCGCCCAGGAGAUUACGAACCUAGCGGACAGCCUGCAGCUGGAGAAGGAGGUGGUCAGGGUUUGGUUUUGCAAUCGGAGGCAGAAAGAGAAACGGAUGACCCCCCCGGGGAUCCAGCAGCAGACCCCCGACGAUGUCUACUCCCAGGUCGGCACCGUCAACUCCGACACGCCGCCCCCUCACCACGGACUGCAGACCAGCGUGCAGUGAGGGGCACCGCGGGCGGGCCGGGCAGCGCGGGGGCAGCGCGGGCCAGGCCGGGCCGGCACCGCCGCCGGCACCGCCACCGGCUCCGGCACCGCCGCGCACAGCCGCACGCUCACACAGACACACACGC